GGUGAUUCUGAGCAUUAUGUAAUCUCAUUGGAAGAGAACAGUCUGUAUGAACCCUUUUCUCAUCUUCCCACAAGGAAACUUGACCUACUCUAUCAAUCUUGGUUUAUUUAUGAUUAAAAUUAUAAAUGCACACUUGGAACGUCGUCUGUUUUCAUGCCACUUUUCCAUGGAACUUCUCAAACUGAUAAGGUUUGCUUAUAAAAGGAUCUGCAAGGCGCUAUCUGGUUGUGUGUGGAACCUGAUGGAACUGCCAGGAUGCUGCUAAUCUGGACCCUAUCACUGCUGCUGGGAGCAGUCGUAGGAAAAGAAGUCUGCUUCCCAAGACUUGGCUGCUUUAGUGAUGACGCCCCAUGGGCAGGAAUUGUGGAAAGACCCCUCAAAAUACUGCCUUGGGCUCCAAAAGAUGUCAAUACUCGCUUCCUCCUAUAUACUAAUGAGAACCAGAAUAACUUUCAAGAACUUGCUGCAGACCCAUCAACCAUCACAGACUCCAACUUCAAAACAGAUAGAAAAACCCGCUUUAUUAUUCAUGGAUUCAUAGACAAGGGAGAAGAAAACUGGUUGUCCAAUUUGUGCAAGAACCUGUUCAAAGUGGAAAGUGUGAACUGCAUCUGUGUGGACUGGAAAAGUGGCUCCCGCACUGGUUACACGCAGGCCUCCCAGAACAUCCGGAUUGUGGGGGCAGAAGUGGCUUAUUUUGUUGAAGUUCUUCAGUCAGCGUUUGGGUACUCACCUUCCAAUGUCCACAUCAUUGGCCACAGCCUAGGCUCGCACGCAGCUGGAGAAGCCGGAAGGAGGACCAACGGGACUGUUGGACGAAUCACAGGGUUGGACCCAGCUGAACCGUGCUUUGAGGGCACGCCUGAAUUAGUCCGAUUAGACCCCAGUGAUGCCCAGUUUGUGGAUGUAAUUCACACAGAUGCUGCCCCUAUAAUCCCCAACAUAGGUUUCGGAAUGAGUCAAACUGUAGGCCACCUAGAUUUCUUUCCAAAUGGAGGAAAAGAAAUGCCCGGAUGUCAGAAGAACAUUCUCUCUCAGAUUGUUGACAUAGAUGGGAUCUGGGAAGGAACUCGUGACUUUGUGGCCUGUAAUCACUUAAGAAGCUACAAAUAUUACUCUGAUAGCAUCCUCAACCCUGAUGGCUUUGCUGGAUUCCCGUGUGCCUCUUACAGCGUUUUCAUUGCAAACAAGUGCUUCCCCUGCCCAAGCGAAGGCUGCCCGCAGAUGGGUCAUUACGCUGACAGAUUUCCUGGAAAAACAAAUGGAGUGAACCAGAUAUUUUAUCUAAACACUGGUGAUGCCAUUAGUUUUGCUCGAUGGAGGUAUAAGGUGGCUGUCACAUUGUCUGGGAAGAAGGUUACGGGACAUGUGCUAGUUUCUUUGUUUGGAAAUAAAGGAAAUUCUAAACAGUAUGAAAUUUUCAAGGGCACUCUCCAGCCAGACAGCACUCACUCCAAUGAAUUUGACUCUGAUGUGGACGUUGGAGACUUGCAGAAGGUUAAAUUUGUUUGGUACAACAAGGUGAUCAACCCAACUCUACCCAGAGUGGGAGCGUCCAAGAUCAUGGUGGAAAGAAACGAUGGAAAAGUGUUCAACUUCUGUAGUCAAGAAACCGUGAGGGAAGAUAUUCUGCUCACUCUUACCCCAUGUUAGGAGUCACUGACAUGUGACCA